UCCCGCACCGCCCUCGCUCCCUGCGGUCGAUUCGCUGUCACGUCCAUGGCUGCGCGUGUCCCCGUGUCCCGGCUGGCCCUACUCGGGGCCCCGGGCUCGGGCAAGGGGACCAUGGCCCACAAAAUCCGCCUCCAUUUCGGCAUCACGAGCGUGGCGAGCGGGGAGCUACUGCGGGACCACAUCUACCGGAGGACCGAGAUCGGGCACCGGGCGCGCUCCUACAUCGUGGCGGGUCGCCUCGUGCCCGACGACUUCAUCACACACCUCGUCAUGCGGGAGCUGCAGCGGCGCGGUGACGCGGGAUGGGUGCUGGACGGAUUCCCGCGCACGCUGCCCCAGGCGCACGCCCUGGAGUGCGAGCGCGUGCGGCUGGACGCGGUGCUGUGUCUCGAUGUCCCCGCCGACAUGAUCCGAGAGCGCCUCUCCUCCCGCUGGAUCCACGCCCGUAGCGGCCGCGUCUACAACACCCACUACAAUCCCCCCAGGAACGCGGGCCGUGACGAUGUGACGGGGGAGCCGCUGACGCAGAGGCUGGACGACCGACCCGACACGGUGGUGGCGCGACUCCGCGAGUAUCGCGAGAGGACGCAGCCGCUCGUCAACCACUUCGCCAGCAGGGGCCUCCUGCACACCUUCGCGGGCACGGAGACCAACAAGGUGUGGCCCCAAAUCCACGCGUUCAUCUCCAGCCAAGUCCACUCGUUCGUCUGAAGGGGACCCCCCCCCCCGCACCUUCCCCCCACCAAGGCACACUCAAUAUCAACCUGCUCACCACUCCCCCAGCCCUCACCGCCACCUAUCCAUCGUGGGACUCGAUAGAAAGGAUGGCAAAUAGCAGGUAAUGUCGCCGGAGACGGAGGAGGAAGACCUAAAGCCAGAUGUUGUGGAGGUGAUGGCACUGUAAGAACAGAUCUCGAAAGUCCGGUGUGUUAUGGAACUGUGGACACGUGGAGGCCGGUGCGUCAGUGGCACGGGAUGGACUAAGUGCGAAGUAAAAUCGCGCACUCGGAGACUCUGCUGCACACGGACAUAUUGGCUCAUCCUGACCCUGGCUGACUUGUCCGAGGAAUUUAAAUGGCAAUGCCGGAUAGAUUAUUUUUUAAGCUUUGGAAAUGGCAGCGAAUAUCCGCUCUCGAUGCCAUAACAUCACUUCCAAUUACGACACUUGUCUGCAGAGUAAAGCGAAGCAUUAAAGCGCGCUAAUUUCACAACGUCCAGAUGGAGUCUCAGUUUUCUCAUCCGCUUGGCUCAUGUGUGUCCCUGCGUGGAAGGAAACGUCACGCAAAGCCUCUGUUGGUUUCGACUGCACGUGUGACGAUUGACCCGCGAGCACACACCCGGCCCGUGGCUCGGCAAAGUGUCAGAUGUCACAACCCGGCGGUCGCGAUUCGACUCAUCGAGAUAUCAUUCGUUGCCCUUUCCAAUGAUGGGCGAGAGUCCGAAGGCAUUAGCUCCGCCUGUCUGUCUGUGGCGGUUGUUCAAGUCGAUUUUGUUUGACCGUGAGAAUUCUGCAGGGCGAGUCAGCGGGGACAUUGAUUGCCAGUCGGGGCGUAAUGAUAAUUUGCGGGUAAUUUUUGAAUUGGGAAAAUUUGGACUCUGUCGCCAAUAACUCCUCGUAAAGAUGGUCCCAUAUCGGGUGUGGGACUGAUGCCUGAAACCGCCAAUGCCCCUGCAACUACCGCACAGGACGUUGAUCUGUACCCGUCAAUGUAUGGUGUGAGGGAGGAU